CCUUCUGUUUUCAUUCAGGCCAGAGGAAACUACCACAGACACCCACUGAUCUCUCUAUUCACGUUAGCCCACCCCCUGGUGGCAAAGUGGCAGAACACCCAGCAAUGGUUGUCAUGAACCCUGACACACAGCAAGAGGUUGAAGUGGAUACUUUAAGGACCGCCAAGAUGAAUGUUUUUGUUGGACCCAGUGGCAAGGAAGCAACAGCAGAUGAUCCAAUUACCUUGUGCAAGUCCAUUUCACAAAAAGCUUUCGCCUCAGGAAUCCUAACCAUCAGACCUCUCCAAGAGAAAGGUUUACAGUUUGUUCGGAAUGACACCAUGGUAUUCUACAUAACCCGGGGGAAAGUCUCUGUCACUAUACAUCACACAACGAGCAUCCUGCAGACUGGAGACAUGUUCUUUGUACCCCAGGGUAACAUGUACAAUAUUAAGAAUCUCCGUCAUGAUGAGGCUAAACUUGUGUUCUUCCAGCACAAAGGCUGAUGAGGUCCAGCAGUCAAUGUGGUUACCAUGUCUGGCGGCAAAGUAAAAAUUGCCAUGGAAACUGAUUUGUGCUUCCCCAAAGACGAAAGGAAUUGCCCUUUUCCUGGAAAAUAAAUUGCUAGAUUUUGUACAGCCCCAUUUGCCUUAUGACUACAGUUUGACCCAAACCCGAGUUUAAAGGGUCAGUGGUGACAUAUUUUUAAUAUACGUGAUCUGCAUGUACAUAGAAUGCUUUUGUGUCAGGUGUACAUAUCUUGCUGCAUCAGUCUGUCAAAAUCAUUACCAAAGGGUGUGGAAAAUGGGGGUUUCAGUUUAAUGUUACAGUCGGCAGUUUGAAAGAUUCUGGAAGCAAUGGAGACACAGUACUAUAUCAUUCUCAGUUUGAAGAUAUGAUCAUUUAUUGAAUGAUACCUACAAUAACAUUCCUAAACAAUUUCAAAUUUCAGCUUGAUUUAAAUCAUCACUUUUGAGUUACAGGUAUAGCUUUGUACUGAAAAUAUAAAGGACAUUUUCAAAUGGCGAUUUUUCAUGACAGACUUGGGGUGGGAGGAAUAACUCUGGUCAUGAUUGAAAACCAAGACUGAUUGCUCAUUAAUUCUCUCAUAUCCACCACCCCUAUGGCUAUAGGACACUAGAAUGGGCCAAUCUCUUAGGCCAAAUUUUGUGAAGUAGAGACGUUGCCAAGCAUUCUGGCAGACUUGCUAUCAUCCUUGAUCAAUGCAUGUACAUUCAAUAAGCAUGUGUCAUGCACACACAUGUAUUGACCUCUACUACACGAGUUCUCUCUACUCAGGGCUUCAAGAAAUUACAUCAUUUGUCCACAGGAAAUUAGUGCAUUUCAGUGCCCAGUUAGAAUAUGGGACCUUAGUAAAAAGUACUCCGUCUUAAAGUUACAUGUUCCUUAAAAAAGUAACUGGAUAAAGAAAAAAUGAACUUUUGUGUAGGAUUUACUUCCAUUUAAAAGCAUGGCAGUUUAACAGACUGCCUUCAACAGGACCAACGAACUAAGCCUAUGGUGGAUAGAUUUCGAUUUCAAUUUUAAUAGAUUAGCUUCACAUUUUAAACAAACAUCAGUUUUAUUGUUUUAAUACAUGUUCAUAGACUCUCUUGACACUAGUUUUAAGCAGCAAAUGAUUUGAGGACUACCAAUUUUGAUUGAAUAGAUCAGUCGCAUAGAAAUCAAUUUCUGAACUUGGACAUGCAGGUUGAGGGUGAACUGAAAUACCACUGUUUGGGGUUUUUGAGAAUAGCCGAGUCUACCAUUCUAGAACUACUGUAGUUUUGCACUGAACUGUUGCCUUACUUCAAUUUACAGCUUGAUACUUGCUGACUUUGUAUAAUAAAGCUCACCGAGUGCUUCCAUGACUUUAAAACUGUCAUGCCUGCUUCCUGGAAUGUUUGAAGUGUGGGGUAGGUUUAUCCUCAGUAAUUUGCAACAGAAGUUGUCUGAGUGACACUCAUCGUUGGGAGGGGGGAUGUAAAAACAAAGUCCAUGGCUCCUGGUACAAUCAUUUUACCUCUACCAGUAUGCAGAGCUACUAUUUUCACAUUUAAAAAUCCCGCCUUUUAUAUUCUUAUGCCUGUCACUACUACCAGUACCACAAAAAUUCAACACUGAAGAUAAAAAAAAAACCAACACU